CUUCAAAGAGCAAAGUGAAGAGAAGUUCUCCAGAAACAUGAUUGGCCUGUGGUUCCUCUCUGUUCUCACUUACGGACUUAUGGUGCUUGAGGAGGGCAAUUGCUGGACAUACCACUAUUCAGAAAAAAGUAUGACCUAUAAGCUUGCGGAGGAAUGGUGUAGGAAACACUAUACAAAUAUGGUUGCCAUUCAGAAUAAGGAGGAAAUUGCCCAUCUGAAUGCAUCUUUACCCUUCAAUCCAAGUUAUUACUGGAUUGGAAUCAGAAAGAUUGAUAAUGAGUGGACCUGGGUUGGAACAAGAAAACGGCUGACUGAAGAGGCUAAAAACUGGGCUCAGGGUGAACCAAACAACAGAAAGAAUGACGAGGACUGUGUUGAAAUCUACAUCAAAAGAAACGAGGAUGCAGGCAAAUGGAAUGAUGAAAGUUGCAGGAAACAGAAGGUUGCCUUGUGCUACGCAGCUUCCUGUAACCAGUCUUCCUGCAGUGGCCAUGGUGAAUGCCUGGAGACCAUUAACAAUCAUACCUGCCUCUGUGAUGCUGGAUUCUAUGGGCCUGAAUGCCAGCAUGUUGUGACUUGCGACCAAUUAAAAGAACCCCAUCAAGGGACACUGGAGUGCAGCCAUCCACUGCAGACCUACAGCUACAACUCAUCCUGUGAGGUUCAGUGUGCAGAAGGCUAUGAAUCAACUGGGUUUGAACCAGUCUGGUGUACCUCUUCCGGAAACUGGUCAGCACCCACUCCAGCAUGUACAGCUGUGCAGUGUGAUGGCUUAAAGGCUCCAGCUCAUGGCUCCCUGACGUGCUCUCCCGCCUCUGGGAACUUUCUGUGGAAUUCAACCUGUGAGUUUGCCUGUGAAGAAGGGUUUGUGUUGAAGGGAUCAGACAGGCUGCAGUGUGGCGCUUCUGGAAAGUGGGAUGGAGAGCAGCCGGAAUGCGAAGCUGUGCAGUGUGAUGGCUUAAAGGCUCCAGCUCAUGGCUCCCUGACGUGCUCUCCGGCCUCUGGGAACUUGCUGUGGAAUUCAACCUGUGAGUUUGCCUGUGAAGAAGGGUUUGUGUUGAAGGGAUCAGACAGGCUGCAGUGCGGCGCUUCUGGAGAGUGGGAUGGACAGCAGCCGGAAUGCGAAGCUGUGACAUGUGAAGCAGUGAACAGGCCUGAAAACGGCUUUGUGGAAUGUACCAGCCGUCAUCCAGAAUUCACCUACAACUCGGCCUGUGAGUUCCGUUGUGAGGAGGGCUACAGAUUAAGUGGAUCACCCACGAUUCAGUGCACAGCUCAGGGAGAAUGGUCAGAGCCCUUCCCAAAGUGUGAAGUUGCACAGUGUGAAACCCUGAUACUCCCUGAGAAGGGCUCCAUGAAUUGUUCACACCCUCUUGGGGAUUUUGCAUACAGCGCAGUUUGCGAGUUUAACUGUACAGGGGGAUGGUUGCUAAACGGCUCUAACGUACUUCAGUGCGGCGCUGCAGGGAACUGGACUGCAAGUCAGCCGACGUGCGAAGCUCCCCAAGUGCCUGAAGAACUGCUCAGUUACGUCUCUGUUGGAAUAGCAGCCACCGGUGCCUCGCUCCUGUCGACAGCAUCAUUCCUCAUUUGGCUUGUAAAGCGCCUUCGAAGGAAAGCAAAGAAAUUUACUCCUGCCAGCAGCUGCCAGAGUCUCAAUUCAGAGUGUACCUUCCAAAGCACUGCUCAUCUAAUCUAA